UUCAAUAUCAAAUUAAUCUUUUUAAAAUUGCAGUUUUAAGUAUAGUUGCAACAAUGGUCUCCAAUCAAGGGACUUUCUUCUUUCUCUUCAUACAUUUUUUCAUAACAGGUCACUGUAAAAUGUAUCUGGUUGAAACUGGACCUAAACCUGAACCUAGUCCUGCAACCCCAGUAGUUCCUCCUGGACCUAAACCUGAACCUAGUUCUGCCUCCCCAGCAGUUCCUCCUGGUCAAGAUUACGGAUUUGCUUUUAACUUAAACGAUUGUGAUGCCAGGGAAAAGGAUUGUGCAGUAGAUUUUUUGGAAUGCAUUGACAAUAAAUGUAAAGGAAAAGGACAACUAGGAAUUCUGGAAGACUAUGAUUUGUUGGAGCUUAUAAGACAAGUAAUCUUUAAAGAAGACGGUCGAGACCUGGAUAUGAAUUAAUAAAUAUUAAUUAAUAAUAUUUAACCUUUUUAAUAAGCAUUUGUUCAUAUUUUGUUAAUUAAUAUAGUAUGAUAACAAUUAAGA